GCGCGUUGUUUUUAACCAGCUAUUUAUUUGUUGUUGUUUUAAAGCGUUCGACGUGUCGGACCGGCCCGGCAGGUUUUUGGGGGCAGAGCAGGUGAGAGGCAGCGGGGGAAGAAGGGCGGGCAGCCACCGGAGCUCUCCAUAAGCAGGAAGCAGAGGAAAACAUGGUGCGGUGACUAAAAGCCACAGACACCGACUGAGAACAGGAUUCACCUUUAGUUUCAAUCUGCAGAGGAUACGGAACAUUCCUAAGGUUUUAAGAUGAGUCGGCGGCGCGCAGACUCCCAGGGCUCCCUGGGGCCUGAUGAUGAGGUCAUGCCGUACAGUGACGAUGACACAGAUGACGAAUUAGAACCAAGCUCUGAAGGGGAACCAGAAGAGCUGCCAGGAGCCCCACAUGCCCCAGCGGAAGUUAGAGUGAGCGAGAUGGGAUGGAAGGUGAAAGCCAACGACCGACCUUAUCACCACCUGCCAGAGUUUCAGAAAAAAGUCUGCCUGUGCAUCAAGAAGAGCAGAUACUCUGGAAACUCCAUCAAGACAUACAAGUACAACGUCCUUACCUUCAUCCCCCUGAACCUGUUUGAGCAGUUGAGGAGAGUUGCCAACCUCUAUUUCCUGGCUCUGCUCAUCCUACAGAUUAUUCCAGACAUUUCCACCCUGCCCUGGUACACCACACUGAUUCCUCUGGUCGUGGUGCUGGGAGUCACUGCCAUCAAAGACCUGGUGGAUGACCUGGCGCGUCACAGGAUGGACAAGGAGAUCAACAACAGGAAGUGUGAGGUGCUGUUGGACGGAAGGUUUCAAGAGUCAAAGUGGAGGGACAUCGAGGUUGGAGAUGUGGUUCGUCUGAAGAAGAACGACUUUAUUCCGGCUGACAUCCUGCUGUUAUCCAGCUCAAACCCAAACAGCUUGUGUUAUGUAGAAACAGCAGAGCUCGACGGAGAGACCAACCUGAAGUUUAAGAUGGGACUCCGAGUGACUGAUGAAAGGCUGCAGGAGGAACGUCAGCUAGCUGAGUUUGAUGCUCUGAUCGAGUGCGAGGAGCCAAACAACCGCCUGGACAAGUUCACAGGGGUGAUGCUGUGGCAGAGUGAGCGUUACCCCCUGGAGCUGGACAACCUGCUGCUUCGAGGCUGCAAGAUCAGGAACACGGAGGAGUGUCACGGGCUGGUCAUCUUCGCAGGAGCUGACACCAAAAUCAUGAGGAAUAGCGGGAAAACGAGGUUUAAGAGAACCAAAAUUGACGAGCUGAUGAACUACAUGGUUUACACAAUCUUCGUGCUUCUGAUCCUGGUGUCGGCAGGUCUGGCCAUCGGUCACACUUUCUGGUACGAGGAGAUUGGCUCCAAUGCCUGGUAUCUGUUUGACGGCAAAAACCAGAACGCCUCCUACAGAGGCUUUCUCAGCUUCUGGGGAUACAUUAUCGUCCUCAACACCAUGGUGCCCAUUUCACUAUAUGUCAGUGUGGAGGUGAUCCGUCUGGGUCAGAGUAAGUUCAUCAACUGGGACCUGCAGAUGUAUUUCGCAGAGAAAGAUACACCAGCUAAGGCUCGAACCACCACCCUAAACGAGCAGCUCGGUCAGAUCGAGUACAUCUUCUCCGACAAGACGGGAACUCUGACACAGAACAUUAUGCAGUUCAAGAAGUGCACCAUCGCUGGACGCACCUACGGUGAACCGACCACUGCUGAGGGAGUGGCGCUGGAUCGAGGAAGGCCGGUGGACUGGAGCUGGAACCGGCUCGCUGACAAAAGGUUUGAGUUCAUGGAUCAUUCCUUGGUCGCCUGCAUCCGUUCCAGGAAGGAUAAAGAUGUCACAGAGUUCUUCAAACUGCUCUCCCUCUGCCACACUGUCAUGGUAGAGCACAAUGACCUAGGUGAUCUGGUGUACCAGGCGGCGUCUCCUGAUGAGGGUGCGUUGGUGACUGCCGCCAGGAACUUUGGCUUCGUGUUUCUGUCUCGUACACAGGACACCAUCACCAUCAGGGAGAUGGACCAGGAGAUGACCUACGAAAUGCUGGCGUUGCUCGACUUCAAUUCUGACCGCAAGCGCAUGACUAUCAUCUUGAAGUUUCCUGAUGGUCGUAUUCGUCUCUACUGUAAAGGAGCAGACACUGUCAUCUAUGAGCGACUUGCCCCUAACUCCAGACAUAAAGAAACUACCCAGACAGCCCUGGAUAUCUUUGCCAACGCGACUCUACGGACGCUGUGCUUGUGUUACAAAGACAUCAGCGCAGACGAGUAUGAAGCCUGGUCCAGGAAACACAAAGAAGCACAGUUAGCCAUGUUCGACAGAGAUAGUGCACUCGACAGGGUGUACGAAGAGAUCGAGAGCAACCUGUUGCUGAUCGGGGCAACAGCCAUCGAGGACAAAUUGCAAGACGGAGUACCAGAGACCAUUGCCACACUGGCCAAGGCUGACAUCAAGAUCUGGGUCCUGACUGGAGAUAAGAAAGAAACUGCAGAGAACAUUGGAUAUUCUUGUUCACUUUUGACAGACGACAUGCAGAUCCACUACGGAGAAGACGUCAAUGAAAAUCUGAGGAUUCGUCAGGCCAACAGGAGAAACGAGCUUCCAGCUCCCCGUCGAGGCAAAAAGAAACCUGCUGAGCCUUUCUUCCCUCAGCCUGGCAAAAACGCUCUCAUCAUCACCGGGGGAUGGCUGAACGAGAUUCUGUAUGAAAAGAAGAAGAAGCGUCGCCGCCUGCGUCUUCGUCGUUUGGGAAAGCGACCGCCUCCCAGCAACCCUCAGGAUGGACAGCCAAUGGAUGACUAUGAGAAGGAGUUGAGACAGAUUGACUUUGUGGACAUGGCCUGUGAGUGCGAGGCAGUCAUCUGCUGUCGUGUCACACCGAAGCAGAAAGCUAACGUGGUGAGUCUGGUGAAGAAGUACAAGAAAGCCGUGACACUGUCUAUCGGAGAUGGAGCCAACGACGUCAACAUGAUCAAGACUGCAGACAUCGGUGUUGGUAUCAGUGGUCAGGAGGGGAUGCAGGCCGUCAUGUCCAGCGACUACGCCUUUGCUCAGUUCCGUUACCUGGAGCGCCUCCUGCUGGUGCACGGACGCUGGUCCUACAUCCGAAUGUGCAAAUUCCUGCGGUUCUUCUUCUUUAAGAACUUCGCCUUCACACUGGUCCACUUCUGGUACUCAUUCUUCAGCGGAUACUCCUCACAGGUCGCUUAUGAAGACUGGUUCAUCACUCUCUACAAUCUCUGCUACAGCAGCUUACCUGUUCUACUCGUUGGACUUCUUGACCAGGACGUUAACGACAAACUGAGCCUGAAAUUCCCCAAGCUCUACCUGCCUGGCCAGCAGGGGACGCUGUUCAACUACAGGAACUUCUUCAUCAGCUUGUUCCACGGCAUCUUCGUCUCGCUCAUCAUCUUCUUCAUCCCCUACGGAGCCUUUCUGCAGACCAUGGGGCAGGACGGAGAAGCCCCCUCCGACUACCAGUCCUUUGCCGUCGUCACCGCCUCGUCGCUCGUUUUUAUUGUCAACCUGCAGAUCUCUCUGGAUACCUCCUACUGGACCUUCGUCAACUGCUUUGCAGUUUUGGGCAGCAUAGCCAUCUACUUUGGCAUCAUGUUUGACAUCCACAGUGCUGGGAUCCACGUCCUCUUCCCCUCAGCGUUCACCUUCACCGGUGCAGCAUCGAAUGCUCUUCGUCAGCCCUACCUGUGGUUAACCAUCAUCCUGACUGUGGGCAUCAGCCUGCUGCCCAUCAUCUGCAUUCAGUUCCUCCAUAAAACCAUCUGGCCCUCUGUAGGAGACAAGGUCCAGAGAAACCGGAAGAAGUACGAGAUGGAGAUGCAAGAGGAGGAGAAGAAAAAGCCACCAGCCUUCCAGCGUGGCCGGCGUUCCCGCCGCUCCGCCUAUGCCUUCUCUCACUCCCGUGGCUACGCUGACCUCAUCUCAUCCGGCCAGAGUAUUCGGCGGCGCCCCCCGGCCCGCGUUGGACCCCAGGACAGCAUCAGGGAGGUUCCCCAGAGAGAGGCAGAAAACAUCUAAUGGGGGCUGAGAGGGAGAUGGAGCAGGACUGUUGUCAGCAGGGUCAGACACAUUGAGGAAACUGCAAGGGGCGCUUGGUGUAUCUUCAUUCUCAUGUGUGGAGUCGCUUCUGAAAUGGUCAACAUCAGGAGCUCUGCACUGAAACAAAGGGACCUCUUCCUUUGGGGUAUUUAAGUGCCUUAAAAGGUGAUAGAAGAAAAGAAGCACUCCUGAAGAUGCUUUUAGAAAUGAAAUGAGCUCGGUGUGAUAAUGAAUUGCUAUUGAAGGUGUUUUAGCUCCAGUCUGUGUUCCUGACUCCACUGACUCCAGUUCCUCCACUUUGCACAGACCCUUUGUUAAAAAUCAAAUGCAAAAAAAAAAGCUCACCGAAGACACGACCACCGUUACGGGGGUUAGAGGUCAUACAGCGACUGUGUGACUGACAAUGUUGUUUAACUCAGGAUUUUUAAAAUAAAAGCUUUAUUUUUAGUCAGUUUUUCCCUGCUCACCAUUACUGUGGCUGGAUAUGAAGUCGUAAUGUUGUUUAAUAUGAUCAUUUUUGACAUACAGUUACAGUUUUAGCCCAAUGUCUGAGCACUUGAUAUGUUUAGUGUUUUAUUCAAAUGAAAGAACAUAGAAUUCCAGUCAAUUUGUCCGUUAGCUACGUGAAAUCUGACCACGGCAUCAGUUAGUUUAGUUUUAUUUCCGUCCAUUGAGAUGCAAAUCCAAACAUUGUCCCUCACAUUAAAACAAUGGGCUAAAACUAAACAUGUCAAGGUAAGCUCUUUUAAUGUUUUACUAUACAUAAUGGUGGGAUGUCGAUAUGCAUAUGUAAACACACUUGCAGUCUUCCUUAAAUAGCAGUGCUGCAAAUCCAAUUUACGGAAUUUAAAUUCAAGUGCUCCUUACUUCUGAUGGGGAAACACAGCAUGGGGGUGUUGGUUCAUCUUCAUAUGAUGUCUUAGUAGUUUUUUUUUUUUUUUCUUUCAAUUUAUUUAACUUCUUUAAAGUUGAAUAGCACAUUCUUUAAGUGGUAAAAAGAAGAAUAAUGAGGAUCUUCUCUGUGUGUGUGUGUGUGUGUGUGUGUGUGUCACUGUUUGUUUACAACAAACCCAAAGAUGAUGAUUGUGUUUUUCCAGUCCUAAAUUCAAAUUUAGGAUAUCCGCUGACCAGUGCUAAGCCAAUACUGACACAUUCCUGUUCUGACUGUUACCCUUUCAUAUUACUGUAUGUAGAUAUUGUCUUUUUAUUAUUGAAUGAAUGCAGGCAGUAGAUGAGGACCGCUGUUUGUACCAGCAACAUAUGAUGUUAAUUUAUCAUGUGGUUGUUAAUAAAAGCCAAGGGAAC